CCGGCAUUAUGAAUGUGAGUGGCGCGUGGGAGGUUUCUGAACGUUUGAUGGAACAACUGCAAUUCGUAAUUCGAUUGUCUGUCAACAUUUUGCCGUUCGGUGUUGAAUUGAAUUUACACUACGUCGGCAACGUAGGUAAACUUUAAACUCGUGAAAGUGAGGUGUUGUGAAAUAAUAAAAUGGAUAUUUAUUAUUAGUGCGCCUUUGUUUGUAUAAAGUGAUUAUAUCUCGCAGAAAUAGUUCGAGUGAACCAUGACGAUGGACAAACAGCUGGUGUGGGUGCGCGACCCCAGCGAGGGGUUCGUCCUCGCCCGCAUCCACGAGCUCAUGGGCGAGGAGGCGGAUGUGUUCCCGCUGGACAACAAGCAUCCGCGGCGGGUGUGCAGUUUCGACGACAUCUUCCCCGCGGGCGACCCUGCCAAGGAUGUCGAUGAUAACUGUGAACUAAUGUUCCUGAACGAGGCAACACUGCUCAACAAUAUACUAACUCGCUAUAAGAAGAGCAAGAUCUACACCUACGUCGCAAACAUCCUACUAGCGGUCAACCCGUAUGAAGACAUUCCAGACAUGUACUCGCCCACCACGAUCAAGAAAUACCAGGGCAGGUCCUUGGGAGAGCUGCCACCUCAUGUGUUCGCUAUUGCUGAUAAAUCAUUCCGGGAUAUGAAAGCAUUAAAACAAUCACAAUCUAUCAUCGUCUCCGGAGAAUCAGGAGCGGGAAAAACAGAGUCAACCAAAUACAUCCUAAAGUAUCUUUGCGAUCUGUGGGCAAAGGGCGCAGGGCCUGUGGAACAGAAGAUUUUAGAUGCGAAUCCAAUCCUAGAGGCGUUCGGCAACGCAAAAACAACCCGCAACAAUAACAGUUCACGAUUUGGCAAAUUUAUGGAAGUUCACUUCUCUAACAAAUAUCAGGUCGUCGGAGGGCAUAUAUCGCACUACCUGCUAGAAAAGUCCAGAAUUUGCACGCAGAGUGCUGAAGAGAGGAACUAUCAUGUCUUCUAUCUGCUAUGCGCAGGAGCCCCACAGGAACUUCGUUCGGCAUUGAAGAUAACCAAGCCUGAUGAUUAUUUGUAUCUCAAAAACGGUUGCACACAAUAUUUCACAUCGGCACAAUCAGAGAAGAAAAUAAAUGCCAAUCAAAAAGGCAAGCAGCAACAGGCCAAAGGAGGUUUGAGAGACCCCAUACUGGACGACGUUGAGGACUUCCAGAGGUUGCAUCAGGCAUUAUCUCGUGUCGGUCUGUCAGAAGCGGAGAAGAAGUCUGUCUAUUCAGUAGUUGCGGCAGUCCUCCAUUUGGGCAACGUGGAGUUUGAAGAGGAGGGCGGGGCUCGAGGAGGGUGCCGAGUGAGUCCCGACUCGGAGGCCUCGCUGGCGACCGCGGCCUCAUUGCUGGGCGUCGACCCCGGGGAGCUGCGGAUGGCGCUGGUGUCCAGGCUCAUGCAGAGCUCCCGCGGCGGCAUGAAGGGGACCGCCAUCAUGGUACCACUGAAGACGUACGAGGCUUCUAGCGCGCGCGAUGCGUUGGCCAAGGCGGUGUACAGCCGGCUCUUCGACUACAUCGUGCGGCGCAUCAACGACAGCAUCCCCUCCAGCGCCUCCGCCUACUACAUCGGCGUGCUCGACAUCGCCGGCUUCGAGUACUUCCAAAUGAACAGCUUCGAGCAGUUCUGCAUCAACUACUGCAACGAGAAGCUGCAGCAGUUCUUCAACGAGCGCAUCCUCAAGAACGAGCAGGAGCUGUACCGCCGGGAAGGGCUCAACGUGCCCGAGAUCAGAUUCGUCGACAACCAGGAUUGUAUCGAUUUAAUAGAAAGUAAGAACCAUGGUAUAUUCCACAUCCUGGACGAAGAGUCGAAGCUGCCUAAGCCAGACUAUGGCCACUUCACUAACGCUGUUCACAAGGAACUCAGCGGAAAUGCCAGUACCCGCCUGCAAGUACCGCGGGCAUCUCGCCUGAAGGCGCACCGCACGCUGCGCGAUCACGAGGGAUUCUUGUUGCGCCAUUUCGCUGGUGCGGUGUGCUAUAACACUAACCAGUUCAUCGAGAAGAAUAAUGACGCACUGCACGCUUCGCUGGAGUUCCUGGUGCAGGAGUCGGGCAGCGCGCUGGUGCAGCAGCUGUUCGAGACGGUGGACAACAACAACGCGAAGGGCAAGCUCAACUUCAUCUCCGUCGGCGCCAAGUUCCAGACGCAGCUGGCUCAACUCAUGGACAAGCUCAAGGAGAAUGGUACGAACUUCGUGCGCUGCAUCAAGCCCAACUCGCGCAUGGUGGGGCGAGAGAUCGAGGGCUCGUUGGUGCUGACCCAGCUACAGUGCAGCGGCACCAUAGCGGUGCUGGCGCUCAUGGAGCAUGGCUUCCCGUCGCGUGCCCCCUUCGCCGAGCUGCACACCAUGUACAAGGCGUACCUGCCGCCCAAGCUGCACACGCUCACGCCCAAGGUGUUCUGUCAGGCCAUCGUUCACAGCUUCGGUCUGUCGGACAAGGACUACAAAUUCGGCGUGACGCGCGUGUUCUUCCGCCCGGGGAAGUACUCCGAGUUCGACACCAUCAUGAAGUCCGACCCGGAGAACUUGAAGGCCAUUGUGGACUCCGUGCUGGCCUGGCUCGUCAAGUCACGGUGGAGGAGAUCCAUCUUCUCGGCACUGUCUAUUAUUAAAUUAAAGAACAAAAUCCUGUACCGGCGGCAAUGCCUGGUGACAGUGCAGACGGCAGUGAGAGGCUACCUCGUGCGCCGCCAGCACCAGCCGAGGUACCGCGGCAUCGCCAAGAUAAAGACCUUAGAGAACAAUUUGAAAGAAAUGGACUCUGUCAUUCCCCAACUGAAGAAAGAAAAGGAUAACGCCAAGAGGAACAUUGAUAAUCUGAGGAAUUCUAUCAGGGGCGCUUGUACUACUAUCAAAACUAAUCCAAGAAUAAGCCGCACAGAUAUUGACCAGCUGUACACUAAACUUACCAAAGAUGUGGAGAUGCAAAUGGCUGCGUUACAAAAGGCGAUGGUGGACCAAAAGAAUAGGGAAGAGCAAGAGAGGCUGCGGCGGCUGGAGGCGGAGAUGCGCGCCGCGGAGGAGGCGAAGCGACUGGAGCAGGAGCGCAUAAAGCAGGAGGAGGAACAUCGACGGCUUAAGGCGGAGAUGGAGGCGAGGCGCAAGGCCGAGGAGGCGGAGAGGCUGCGGCAGGAGGAGCAGGACCGCAUCGCCGCCGUGAAGCUGCAGCAGCAGAUGGAACAGGCCGCUCGAGCCGACCAGGAGAACAGAGACAGGUUAGAACAAGAGAGAAGAGACCACGAGAUGGCGGUGCGGCUCGCCAAAGAAACCAACGGUCACGUAGAAGGUUCACCGCCACAGUUGCGAAGUUUCCCCUCUAUGGAGUCGAUGAAUGGAGAGAAUAAGUUGAACAGAUCGGAACGCGUUCGGAUGCAGCAAGCAAUGCAAGGCAAACAGAAACACGACCUGUCUAAAUGGAAGUAUUCGGAGCUGCGUGACACCAUCAAUACGUCUUGUGACAUUGAAUUGCUUGAGGCCUGCCGACACGAGUUCCACCGCCGUCUGAAGGUGUACCACGCGUGGAAGGCAAAGAACGCGCGCAAGUCCACCAUGGCGGAGCAGGAGCGCGCGCCGCAGUCCAUCAUGGACGCAGCAAAGACCCCCCGCCUGCCGCAAAAGGGCGAGAUCCUCGGCGCCAGGCACCGGUACUUCCGCAUCCCGUUCGUGCGGCCCGGCGUCAGUGCGGGCGAGGGCGAGCGGCGCGGCUGGUGGUACGCGCACUUCGACGGGCAGUACGUCGCGCGACAGAUGGAGCUGCACCCCGAUAAGACGCCCGUGCUGCUGCAGGCCGGUGUGGACGACAUGCAGAUGUGCGAGCUGAGCCUGGAGGAGACGGGGCUGACGCGUAAGCGCGGCGCGGAGAUCCUCGAGCACGAGUUCGAGCGCGAGUGGGCGCGCCACCACGGCCCGGCCUACGCGCCGCCGCACGCCAGACCAAGUAACCACCUUUCACCAAAUAGCAAAGCCAUCGCCGGGAAAUAAGUAAUAACAAAUAGUAGAUUGUGCGAUUUUAUAAACCAUAUUAGUGUAUCGAAGUCCAUUCAAGGAAAGCUGAUAGCCAUCUAACAUACAAGUGAGAAUAUAAAAACCAACAUAAAAAGAUUUCUAUGAUUCUUUUUUAAGAAAAACGUAACAUAAAAUUAACGCGUUUUGAGCAUUUUAAAGUUAUUGUGAUAAAAAGUUUCAGUUUCAGGUAUUAAAAUAUUUACUUGUGUUCUAUUGAUAUCUUAUUUUCAAUGCAAACUACAUUGAGUCUUUGGCAGUGUGGGUAUAUGAUUGUGAUGGCAGACAAAGAAUCAUUUAUUUGUCUAUACUUCUAUACUAAUAUUAUAAAUGCAAAAGUAAGUCUGUCUGACUUUCUGUCUGUCUGUCUGUACGUCACUUUUUCAUUGCUGAAUAAAGAAUUUUGUAUAGUUUAUAACUUACUAGUAUAUUUCUCAAACGGCUAUCUUAUAUUUUUCCUCACAAAGCUAUUUAUAAUUACUUUGCAUAUGAGACAAAUGUUUCGUGUCAUCAGUUGGUGUCACCUUUUGUGGAAUGGACUUUAGUAAGAAUUAGUGCUUUCCAAUGUGCCUUCAAAGGUUAUAUAGAUGUAUUAUAGUGCAAUAUAUUCAGAGGAUAUUCCACCGUAGACUUGAUAUUUGUGAUUGUUUUAAAAGUACACAAUUUAGAUUUUAAUAAAUAUUUAAGUAGUAUUAUGCGGGUUUAUGCUGUAUCUUUUUGAUAGGCAAUCGCAACUAUCUACAUGAAUAAUAGACGCGACUUUAUCGCGAUAACCGCUUUAUACAAUAAAGGCUUACAGCAUAAGCCUGCUAGUAAAAUAAAUGAUGAAAAACUAUAAAUAAAGGUGAUCGCAGAUAUGUUGAAAGUUGAAACCUAGAACUCUAAUGUGUAUGGAUAGAAAAAUAUCACACAUAUUACUUAAAGAUCCUAUGUAUUUAUUAUUAAAGUGUUUUUCAGAUAGCAUGGAUACGGUGACAGUUGCUUUAUGACGUUCAUAAUACGUACGUACUAAUUUCGUGAAUUGCAGCAAAAUUUCAAGAGUGACAUGAGCUGUCACUGUAUCCAUGCUAUCUGAAAAACACUAUAAUUGUAUGUAAUGUGUUUCAAGUUCACACUGAAAACAAUUAACAUUACAAUUUGUAUGUUCUUUUUACGUUUUUCGGAUAUCUGAAUAGACACCAGAAUUAUAUAGUGUUCAGUACAAUUUUAUCACUGUUUUCUACACAGGUGUCAAAUGUGCGAUUACCUUAAUGAACUAUUUUUAUGGCAACAUCUAAACUAUGUAACAUAUUAUAUUACUUGAUACAGAUAAAUCUUAAAGAAAUUCUUACAUAUCAGAAUUUUACAUCCAAAUAAAGUGCCUUUAAGUAUUUUAAAUAAUAUAUCCAUUUUAAUUCAAUUAAAUCAAACCUAAAUAGUUUAGACUUGCCUUUUGAUGUGCUUUUAUUUAAUGUAUUUAAAUUCAAAAUGUAUUUUUUAUUUUAUAUUUAUAUUUUAGGAAGAAUUUAUUUUCACAAGAAAAGUGUUCAAAAUGCAACAGAACCUGAUACAUGAGAUGUGUAAUUUAAGAUCACUGACCAAUAUUAAAAACUAAAGAAUAACAACAUCACUAAAGAAUAACAACAUCCUACUAAAAUGCAUUUUUAAAUUGAUGUUGUUUAGAGUAAACCUAGAAAAAAGGCAACUUUCAAUUCCCAAAUCUGUACAAAAAAGUAUCUUAUUAAAUUAGUUUAUUCCUUUACAAUGUUGAACCAAUUAAAAGUGAUUUUUAAAAUAAGUACAGUGGAAUUGGUAUUUUUUUUAAACUGUGAUGUGAUGUUUCUUUAAGUAAAUACAAUUUAAAGGUUGUUACACACACUGUAUUGUAACACUUCGUUCUAUCAUAACUUAUUGUCAAUAUUCUAUUAAUUAUAUAUACUAUGUAAAUUGCUAAAAUUACUAGGUGAUUAUUCUUUGUAAUGCCCAAGUGUGUUUUACUAUGCAUUACAUACAUACCUACUUAAUGAAAUUUGAAACUGUGAUUAAUUAUGAGAUGGUAAGAGUAAUGGAUUAUUUAAAAUGAAUUUAUUUAUUCAAGCAUUCCUAAUAUUAACAUAAAAGACUGGUUUGUGGCAGUUUUGGUAUUAUAUGAAAUUCAGUAUUUCCUUUUCAUACUGCAAGUAUAAAUCCAACAGUAUUUAACACAUUCCUAGAGUAUUGUUAUUAUUUUAAACGAUUGUUUAAAUGAAGAGUUUGUAAUGAUAUGCAUAGAUUUAUUUUAAAGUACAAUAUAUUAAGUACAGUGUUAUCGUGAGUGCCUUUUUCAUGCCGUAUAGUACAUGACUUUUUGUGUUAUGCUUUACCAAAUAAAAUAAAAAUUAUCAAAUUAAUUUA